GCUGACACGCGGAGCAAUUUCACCAGUUUCAUUCAGCUGGGUAUAAAUUCUAAGUGACAGGAGGAUAAAUGGGAUCGCGUAGCAGCGGGAGGAGAGGCGUAAAUUCGGGAUGAACUCGCCGGAUGCCGACUACGAGCUGGAACACCAGGGUCCGGUGCUUGUCUGGUGGUUUGGUCAGAAUUUUUCGCAGUCUCGUUACGGGGACAGAACAAAUGGUAAAACCGUGAAAAAUAGAUUCGAGUUUCCAAAUUUCCUCUUUCGUUCAUUCCCUGCACCAGGUAGCAACGCCUGCACCCUGAUAGCGGUGCUCGUCGCCCUCCGGAUAUCCCAGAGCGACAUGAAAAUCUCGGGUGGACACGACUGCUGCGCUCAGACGCCGCUCAGUUCCCAGCUGAUAAAAUGUCUCGCUGAUAGUUUCGUUCAGGGCAACAAAAUUCAUGAGCGUCUUCUCAAGUCCGGGGACUUACCCCACGUCAACAUGUCCGUACCCGAGGCCAUUCAGGCCGCUGGAAAGAGCAUGAGGUCGAUCAUCGAAUGGAAGAGUCUGGUCUAUCUCAUGGACAUGGGAAGUUCGUUGUUCGACCAGUUGAACGAGACUGUUCAAGAAUGGUACAGAAAUCCGCCGCCCAAUCACUCCGACAAUCUCUUUGUGAUCAUAAUAGCAGACAACAGAUCAGUUCUGCUGACGUUCCAACACUCCGUUGAAAAAGUUACCCUCAUCGAUUCGCACCAGCAUUUGAAUCGUGGAGCGGUUGUAGCACAGGUCGACCUGCAGAAACUGGGAAGCCUUUGCGCCUGGUAUCUGGGCCUGAUGAAGCACUGCUACAACGUCAGACCGUCGUGCUACGAGCUCUCCUAUCUCUACUUCAGGCGAUACGACGGAGGGGAGAUGAUCCUUUGCUAAAAGUUAAAAGAAAAAAAAAUGUAUUUGAGGCCUUGCUAGAUUCCUGUAGUUAAACUCUUCGUUCGCCGAGAUCCUUGCGACAAAUUUGACACCCGCAAUGUAUGUUGAAACAAUUUUUUUAUACGUGUGCCUAUGUUUACAAUGUAUAUUUUGAAGUCAAGAAUAAAAGAUGCAUCAAUUGACCGAGGCAAACUUCAAGUCUAACGACGAAAAUACAGUCACUUUAUGACAAAAAUUUCAA